AUUUUCGGUUUUAGAAUAAUAUUUCAUUCAAAUCUGAAAUUUUGAGAUUGAGAACGUCAAAUUUCUCAACGAUAUAAGCAAUUAUUCACGGAAGUGUUUUCGGCCAUGAAAUUUUGUAACGGUUAUUGACACAGAGAACUGUCAAAAUGUCUGGAAAUGUUGGCAUGGAGCAGCUUAUUCCGAUUGUGAAUAAGCUGCAAGAUGCCUUUGCUCAACUUGGUGUCCCAAUUUCCCUCGAUUUGCCACAGAUCGCCGUCGUCGGAAGCCAAAGUGCUGGCAAAAGUUCUGUUUUGGAAAAUUUUGUUGGGAAAGAUUUUUUGCCCAGAGGAAGUGGUAUUGUGACAAGAAGGCCACUGGUUCUACAGUUGAUAAAUGGACCUACAGAAUAUGCAGAGUUCUUGCACCAGAAAGGAAAGAAGUAUGUGGACUUCGAACAGGUUCGGAAGGAGAUUGAAGCUGAGACGGAUCGUGCCACCGGAGGAAACAAAGGCAUUUCAAACAUUCCAAUAAAUCUUAGAGUCUACUCACCACAUGUAUUAAACUUAACAUUGAUAGACUUGCCGGGUAUGACAAAGGUACCUGUUGGAGACCAGCCCCCUGAUAUAGAACAACAAAUCCGAAAUAUGAUCAUGGAGUUUAUAACAAAAGAGAGCUGCCUCAUCCUGGCAGUCAGUCCAGCCAAUGCAGAUCUCGCCAAUUCUGAUGCUCUCAAAAUAGCCAAGGAAGUUGAUCAGCAAGGAUUACGAACCAUUGGUGUGAUUACAAAGCUGGAUUUGAUGGAUGACGGAACAGAUGCUAGAGAAAUCCUCGAAAACAGACUUCUUCCUCUACGCCGAGGUUAUAUUGGUGUGGUAAAUAGAAGUCAAAAAGAUAUUGAAGGCAAGAAAGAUAUAAGGGCAGCCUUGUCAGGGGAGAGAAAAUAUUUCCUUAGUCAUCCAUCAUACCGUCAUAUGGCAGAUAGAAUGGGCACACCAUAUCUACAGAGAAUAUUAAAUCAGCAGUUGACCAAUCAUAUACGUGACACAUUGCCAACAUUACGUAACCGACUUCAGACACAGUUAUUAUCUCUAGAGAAAGAUGUUGAAGAAUUCAAAAAUUUCCGACCAGAUGAUCCGUCAAGAAAGACCAAAGCCUUGAUGCAGAUGGUACAGCAGUUUGGCCUGGACUUUGAGAAAAGUAUUGAAGGUUCAGGAGAUAAGAUCAGUAUGAAGGAGCUGGCUGGUGGAGCCAAAAUAAACCGUAUUUUCUAUGAGAGAUUCCCAUUUGAAUUAGUAAAGAUGGAAUUUGAUGAAAAAGAAUUGCGGCGGGAGAUUAGUUACGCUAUCAGGAAUAUUCGCGGUAUCAGAACAGGUUUAUUCACACCUGACAUGGCUUUUGAGGCGAUUGUUAAGAAACAGAUUGAGAAAUUGAGGACACCGUCACUCAGAUGUGUAGAUAUGGUUAUCACAGAAUUGACUAAUGUAAUCCGAAAAAAUACAGAAAAGAUGAAUCGUUAUCCAAGAUUACGGGAAGAGACAGAAAGAAUUGUAAACACAUGUGUACGAGAGCGUGAGGCUAAGUGUAAAGAGCAGCUAAUGUUAUUAGUGGAUAUACAGCUUGCUUAUAUGAACACAAAUCAUGAAGAUUUCAUAGGAUUUGCUAAUGCACAACAAAAGUCAGAUAAUACUACUAAACAAAAAGUUGGCAACCAGGUUAUCAGGAAAGGUUGGUUGACACUACACAACAUCAGCUUUAUGAAAGGUGGUUCAAAGGAGUUCUGGUUUGUUCUCACAGCUGAAAGUCUAGCUUGGUUCAAAGAUGAAGAGGAAAAAGACAAGAAAUACAUGCUCCCUUUGGAUAAUUUAAAUUUACGGGACAUGCAGGACAGUGGAUUCAUUAAACAGAAAAAAAUGUUUGCCAUAUUCAGUCCUGAUUCAAGAAAUGUAUACAAGGAUUAUAAACAGUUAGAAUUGUCGGCAGACAGUCAGGAGGAGGUCGACAGUUGGAAAGCUUCCUUCCUGCGUGCUGGUGUGUACCCGGACAGAUCUCAGGAUAAAGAAAAUGACUCAUCUAAAGAUGAUCUCGGUUCAAUGGAUCCUCAGUUGGAGAGGCAGGUUGAGACCAUACGUAACCUCGUCGACUCGUACUCAAAAAUUGUCAACAAGACGCAGCGUGACCUCGUUCCAAAAACCCUCAUGCAUCUUGUUGUUAACUAUGUAAAGGAGUUUAUUGGAGCAGAGUUGAUGGCACAUCUAUACUCCACUACGGAUCAGAGCAGUUUGAUGGAGGAGUCGGCAGAGGAGACGGUACGGCGUGAGGAACUUCUGCGCAUGUACCAUACCACAAAGGAGGCAUUGCAGAUCAUUGGAGAUGUAUCGGUUUCCACAGUGUCCACUCCUGUGCCGCCACCUGUUGACAAUGAAUGGUUGGAGCCAAGUCAUGGACAAAUGGAUGGAGGUGGAUACGCAGGCCGACCAUCUUCUCCGAAACCAGGUCGGGCUCCACCACCACCACUGCCAAACAGACCAGGGGGCUCGGCCCCACAGGUUGGGAUGCCAUCUAUACCAAAUAGGCCAGCCCCUGGUGUCCCAUCACGACCAGCACCAGGCGCUCCUGGACCAGCAAUUCCUUCGACGCUGAAUACUGCCUCAAAGUUCGGUUCUGUUGGAAGACGAGCGGGUGUUCCGCAGCCUGGCAAUGCACCAAGAAUUCCAGAUCGGCCAUCAAUACCAGCACGUCCAAACUAGACAAAUAAAUAAUAUGUAAGAACGUUGCAAGCUGUCAUUGAAAAUAAGGGAUGCCAGAAUGUUAUUUAUAGUACUUUGUUAGAAUGGUGUGUAUUAUAUACAAUGAAUGGACACAGUGAAUGUUGAAAUUGUUAGGGAAUGUCCAGUAUCUGACUUAUAACAUAGGCAGAAGUCUUAAACAAAAUUACUAGGUGUGUAUUUACCGGUCAAUGUUGUUAACAAAAGGCACUUUUUUGUAUGAAAUAUUAAUCUAGGACAAUAGGUUGCUUUUAAAUUGCAAAUUGAAUCUAGGUACUUAGAUUCUAAUUAACCCUUAGCCUGCUAAAUUUCUAUAAUGAACUUGUCCAUCUUUCAGUUUGGACAGUACCAUUAACUGUUAAAAGGGGUGUUUACCAAAAAGAUACUGACUGAAUGGCGAACAGUGCAGACCAUGAUCAGACUGCACGGACGUGCAGGCUGAUCUUGGUCUGCACUGGUCGCAAAGGCAGAAUCACUUGCUGCCAGCAGGCUAAGGGUUAAUGUAAUUGUAUAAACACACCUGUUAAGAUAAAGUAGCGUAUUUGAGUAUGUACUCAAGUUACACAAGUCAUAAUUUGUCGUCACAGUAUAAAAGUUGAUAAUUUCAUUUACAGAAAGAAGCAGUUAUCCGAUUUUUGCAUUGUUGCGACAAUAUUUGGGGUGUAAAGUUUGUUAGGUUUUAAGGUACUGUUUUGACAUUGUACAAUAACAUGUGAUAAACUUUUAAGACAAGAACAAAACUUACUAUCUCUUACCUUGCUGAUUAAAAAUUUGAAUGUAACACGCAGGAUAUUCAUUUAAAAAAAUCAUUAAUGAGAUGCGUAAAAUGUUUUAAGAUGUGCAUUUGAGAGUUACUGACCAUUUCUUGUUUAAAUUUUGAAUUGAAUAAUACAAUAUUCUAAUAUAAACCAUCAGCUAACAUUGUUCAGUGUUUUUGUUGUUGCUGUAUUCAGAACUUUGGUCAGAAGAUGCCAAACCUUUAUUAAGCAGCUAUCCAAUAGAAUGACACAGUUUGGCUGUUUAUGGCAGGUGGCUGCUUAUGAAAAGCUGAAAUUAGAAAGAAAGAAAGUAAAUUUGGGGAGUUACUUUACUGCCUGCUUAAGGCAAAGUUCUACUUAAUACAGGUAGCUGCUAAGGCAGGUUCAAAAUUGAGCCGCGCCAUGAGAAAACCAACGUAGUGCAUUUUCGACCAGCAUGGAUCCAGACCAGCCUGGGCAUUGCUUUCAAAGCCUAUUGCAAUUAGAGAAACCGUUCGCGAACAACACAGAUCUAAUCCAUGCUGGUCGCAUAUGCACUAUGUUGGUUUUCUCAUGGUGCGGCUCAUUAAUGAAUUCCAUGUAUAAUAACCUGUCUACAAGAUACCUGUAUUACUCAGUAAUAAUCUUUUGUCGAAUAGAGUAACUCUGUCAUAAAAAUGAUACAGUAGCAUUAAGUAGUUAAAAAUAUUUAUAUGACUUUUUAUCAAAGUAACAGUGUCAUGGUCAUAUGACUUGAGAGAGAUGAAAUCCUGUAUUUUAUCAAUUAAAAUGUGAAUGUUUACCGAAAAGACAUGAGUUCAGUCUGUAAUUUACAAUAUGUUGAUGUUUUACCAUUAGUACUUUCAAAUUGGUAUAUUGUUAAACAGCUGUUAAUGUUGACAAUUGUAAUUUAAUGUAGAAAGUUAAUCAGUCAAGAAAAAUAUAUUCAGAAGUUGAAGGUAUCUAGUAAGGAUGACUCAAGUUUGUUGGCUAAAUUACGUUUUAUAAAACUUUACAUCUUAGGUUUAACUUGCAUCGCUCUGUAUGUUCAUUAAAAGACCCUGUAUUUGCAUACUUACGUAAGUAUGAAAUCUAUGUCACUUUAAUAUCAAGCAAUACUUUUAUAUAUAUAUUUAAGUACAGAACUUCAUAAAAAAACUUCUUAUUUUGGCACAUUUUGAUUUUGAUAGAAAUUUAUAGACAUAUGUAGAUCAUAAAAAACUUCUUAGAUGUCUUAUACUGUUAAUUGGUCACCUUCUCUUCCCUUUAACCAUAUAUGCCAAAAUAAUAAGUAAGAUUUUGAAACCCGCCCGCUUAGCUCAGUAGGUAGAGCGUCGGUCUACGGAUCGCGGGGUCGCGAGUUCGAUACUCGGGCGGGGCGUAUGUUUUCUGUGACUAUUUGAUAAACGAUAUUGUGUCUGAAAUCAUUAGUCCUCCACCUCUGAUUCAUGUGGGGAAGUUGACAGUUACUUGCGGAGAACAGGUUUGUACUGGCACAGAAUCCAGGAACACUGGUUAGGUUAACUGCCCGCCGUUACAUGACUGAAAUACUGUUGAAAAACGGCGUUAAACCCAAAACAAAACAAAAGAUUUUGACUUAAAAUGCUUUUAAUGAAUCAUUUGAAGAGGAGUGAGAUGUCCAAAGAUUUGAGGUUAGACUUGAUAAUCUGUUAGAACUUUCAAAACUUGGAUAAAUGCUCUGCGAAUCUGUAGAGUUAAGGUAGUGGACCUGCAGUAAUAGUAACAGACUUCUAGUUCAUCACGUACGAUUUCCACAUUUUCCGACUGGUACGGAAAGUCACGUUCUCAUACGAACUACAUGUACAUUUCCUAGGAUGCUGAAACGGCAAGCAAAAAUCUUCAGUUGAGCUAAAAUUGUUGAUAUCAAUGUGCGUUCACUACCUUUAUCCAAUAGAAUGGUUCGAACAUUUAAAACGCAAAAGUCAUCGGGUUUUGCCAGAAGUCAAUCUUAGAUGAUAAUGUUAUGCAAUGUUUAGACUAUCGUAAAUCUGUGAUUUAUUUUCUUCUUUAUUUGUAAAUAUAUAAUAAAAGUGUUUGUAGAAUGGUAUUAUAUAUAUGUAUACAUGCACACUUUGUAUUGUCAAUGUAAUAAAUAGAAAAGAAGCAUUUCACCAGUUUUUAGUCAGAUACACGUCAUUUUGGCAAAAUUUAAUUGAUAGAAUUGAUAUUUAUUCUGUAACAUGUACGUGUAGGAGUGAUGUUAGUGAAAUUAGCAUUUUUGUGUCAUUGUAGACAGAUAGUUACAAAAGAUCAAUCCAGAUGCAUUGAUAAACAGAACUUCAAUCAUUUCCUUUGUUUGCAUUUUGCUCACUCGGUUCCAAUUUUGCUGGGAAAAAUUGUUACAGCUGCGAGAAGAUGUGAGAAGUUUGAGCAAAAAAUGUUAAAAGUUCAUAUUAAAUGUAAAUGUUUUAAAUAAUGUUUCAAUGUCUGCAAUAGUUGUUUAAAUGCCUGAAGUAGUGUUUAAAUGAAUUCAGUGUACAGGCCCUGGUUUUUGGCAGAAUUUUUACUUUUGACACAAAAAAAAAGUGUGAAAGAUUUCCAAUUUUUAUAUAGAAUUUUACCACACUUUUGUCACAAAUUUUGUGUAAUAUUAUAGACCUGACUAAUUGUAUAGAUUUUAGACCUGACACGUUGGGUAGAUGUAGUCGUACAUGUAUAUGAGACGUGCCAUGGGAAAACCAACAUAGUGGCUUUGCGACCAGCAUGGAUCCAGACCAGCCUGCGCAUCCGCGCAGUCUGGUCAGGAUCCAUGCUGUUCGCUACAGUUUCUCCAAUUCCAAUAGGCUUUAAAAGCGAACAGCAUGGAGCCUGACCAGACUGCGCGGAUGCGCAGGCUGGUCUGGAUCCAUGCUGGUCGCAAACCCACUAUGUUGGUUUUCCCAUGGCAUGACUCAUAUGUUCAUUUCGGAGUAUUUGAAGGCGUUAAGAGGACAACCUUUUAACAUGCAAUGAUUGGUCCACUUUGUCAAAAUAAGCCCCAUUUACUUUGUUUGUUUUCUCUCGUUUUUCUUUUUGUUUUUUGUUUUUCAGGCAUUCCCUCCCUUUGUAUUUUUUUUUUACAAAUUUUGGUGUUUGUCUUUUUUUCUAGAAAUUUUCUAUUUUUGCUUUAAAGUUUUUUUAGCAGCAGUGGAAAUGAUUUCGCUUAAACUUGAAACCUCUGUAUUUAGAUGAUUCUUGCUUUAAUACUGUCAACUUUAAGGGUCAAGGGCAAACAGUCAUACCUCGUUUAAUAGUGUUCAUAGCUUAAUAUAAUGAACCAGUGAUUUUAAUUUUUAAGGAAGUACAAAAAAAAGUUUGAAAUCUUGCAAUAAGAGACAUGUUGGAUCAUGGGAUAAAGGCACUUUGUACCCUAGUGGUUAACAAGAUUUGUCUCCCUUGAAAUGUUAAAUUGUCAGGUAGCACCCUGCUAAGAAAGAAACUGUUAUAAGCUUCCUUAAAGAAUAAAAUUCUGGGAAUAACGGGAUAAAGAUGUUUAGUGUCAGACAGUUUUAUUUACAGGUAAGACUGUUUGGCACUAACACGUUUUACAUUGUUAGUGACAUAUGAACACUAGAAGUGCAAUAUUUGCCAGGUAAAUAUAUUCUGGAUUUAAUGUAAACAUUAUCAUUUUCAUUUGUAUAAAAUUUAACUAGAACCUAUCAAUGUGUGAAAUACUGAUCUAAUCCUGAAGCAGCGUAUUUUGUGACACUUGUCAGGCUUUUUUAGUGUUUGUGCAUUGAAACAAUUUUCAGUUAUUCAUUUGUUUAAAGAUUGGGGCUCAAAAGCAAUAUGCUGUUCGCUUUCAAAGCCUAUUGCAAUUAGAGAAACUGUUAGGGAACAGCAUGGAUCCUGACCAGACUGUGCGGAUGCGAAGGCUCAUCUGGAUCCAUGCAGGUCACUAAUGCACUAUGUUGGUUUUCUCAUGGGGUGGCUCAUAUAAUUUUAUCCUUUACGUAAUUGCUGGUUUUAUAAAAUUUCUUGCAAAUUUCAAGCAGGUUGACUUAGACUCAGAAAUUUUCCACUAAACAGUUGUCCAUAUAGUUCAUGAAAUUAUACUUUGCAAAAUUAGUUUUGCAAAUAGAAUAUUAUUCCAUAGGUAGCGCUGUAAUUUUGAUUUAUAGUUUGAUAUUUCUGUUGAUAUUUAUGUAUGUACAUUAUGUCAUUAUUAUUAAAGUCUAAAAACUUAA